AUGGCGGACCCGGCGACAUCGGCGCCCCUGACCCGCGCCUCGGUCCAGGCGGCCCACGACCUGGUCCGGCCCUUCGUGCACCACACGCCCACGCUGACCAACGCCACGCUGACGUCGCUGGCGUCGACGGCCCGGCGCCCGGAGGACCUGGUCGGCACCGAGUGGGAGGGCCGGGCCCAGCCGCCCGCCAGCCCGGCCGUCCGCCUCUGGUUCAAGUGCGAGAACCUGCAGCGCGUCGGCGCGUUCAAGGUCAGGGGGGCUUUCCAUGCGAUCGAGAAGUUGAAGCAAGAGCCUGGCUGGUUAGCUGGCGGAGGUAAAGAAAAGGGGGUUGUCACUCACAGUUCAGGGAACCACGCACAAGCACUCGCUCUCGCCGCACGCACAAAUGGCAUCCCGGCGUACAUCGUGAUGCCGGACAUCUCGCCACCGGCCAAGAUUGCUGCUACCCGCGGCUACGGCGCCAAGGUCAUCUUUAGCGGUAGCACCUCAGUCGAGCGCGAGGCCGCCGCUGCCAAGGUUAUCGAGGAGACAGGGGCUCGCCUGGUCCCGCCUUACGACCAUCCGGACAUCGUGCUGGGCCAGGGCACGCUUGGGCUGGAGCUGCAGGAGGACGCGGCACGGAUGAUGACCGAGGCCGAGAGCGAUCCGCCCAGCGGGAAGUGCAGCUUCGCCGCGCCCGUCACGAAGCAGGAAAGGGGCGAGAGGAAACCAGAGCCGUCAAGCAGCGGCGCCAAGACCAAGCGCCGCAACCAGCUCGACAUCAUCCUGGCGCCCUGCGGCGGCGGCGGCAUGCUGUCGGGCGUGGCGCUGUCGUGCGAGGGCACGGGGAUCCGGGUGUUCGGGUGCGAGCCGUCGUUCGAGGGCGCCGACGACGCCAAGCGCGGCUUCGAGUCGGGCACGCGCGUCGAGACGGUCAAGACGCUGACGGUGGCCGACGGCCUGCGCACGCCCCUCGGCAGGGUGCCGUGGUCCGUGAUCUACGAGCGCCGCCUGGUCGAGGGCUUCUACAGCGUCACCGAGGCCGAGAUCCGCGACGCCUUGCGCCUCGUGCUCGAGCGCUUCAAGAUGGUCAUAGAGCCCAGCGCCGCCGUGCCCCUGGCCGUCGCCCUCUACAACGAGGAUUUCCGCGCCUUGGUCGAGCGCGAGUACGGCGCCGAGGGCGCCGACGUGGGUAUCGUCUUCAGUGGCGGGAACCUGAACCUCGAUAUUCUGGGCUCGCUGUUCGGAGGGGGUGAGAGUGCGAAGAACUGA